GCUUUGGUUCGACUUCAGCCACGAUCAGGACUAUCCCAACAGAAAAUUCCCGAUACGUAGCUGCCACGCUUAUCCAAACAUGUAAUGAUAAGUGUAUUCCUAAUGACAAUCCCACUGGUGACUCGAUCAUGCUGCUAGAAGACAGGAUUAACAACCAAACCAAGAUCCCAGCUGAGUGGCACGCGGUCAUACGUGAAAUUGGUUAGAAAUUUUAUAGUGCUGCUAAAGUUAGAUUAGCUCUUCAAUACUAUUCAAUUGUGAAAUGGUUCGAGUACGAUUUUUACCAUAAUGAACAAAGACGUAUAAGAGUCUAUUGUCGAUUCAAGCACACGCAUGGUUACACUUGGAUGUUGUUUGCUUCCCCACUCAGAAAUUCAUCGAUUAUGUCUAUAAAGAAUUUUGUUCUACCCACACUUGCGGUCAACACGGAGCUAAUGCUGGCAACUCAAGGGCAUCAAGAAAGUUCAUUACAGUCUAAGUACAAUUUGUUUUGAAUGUUAGACCAGAUCUUCGUGCAGUUGAUAUCAAGAACACAUGCUAUCAAAUUAUGGAAUCAAUAUUAACUACAAUAAAGGGUGGAAAAGCAAAGAGAUAGCUCAACAGGACAUGUUCAGUGACGAUGAUAAGGCUUACGAUUCACUGAGAUGGUAUGAAGUCAUGGUUCAUGCAACUAAUCCAAGAAGUCGUGUUGCUAUUGACGCUAAUGACGGAAGGUUUAGGCAUUUGUUCAUAAGUUAUAAUGCCUGUAUUGAAGGGUUCGUUGUUGGGUGUAGGUCUCUCUUAUUUUUUGAUGGAACAUUUCUUAAAGAUUGCUACAAAGGUAUACUACUUAAUGUCACAGGAUAUGACGACAACCAAGGAAUAUUUCCUCUUGCUUAUUGUGUAUGCGACCAAGAGAAUAAUGAUAAUUGGAAAUGGUUCUUACAAGGAUUAUGAACGAUACUUUAUGAUAGGGAAAAGCCUUACAAUCCUCCACAUCAACUGGUAAUUAUUUUCAAUGCCGACAAGGGUAUUAAGGUAGCAGUUGAGGAAUUCUUUUCAGAUGCUUUCCAUUCAAGGUGUGUUCUGCAUCUAGUCAAGAAUUUCAAAAAAAAGAUAAAGGAUUUUGGACACAAGGCAAAUGACGCUCAGAUUUUGGGUGAUUUGUUACAAACUGUGGCUUAUAAGUACACAAUUUCUGAAUAGGAUGAUUACAUAAAAGAAUUGGCAUCGAUCGA